AUGGAGAAUCCGAAGCCACAGCCAAAGCCAAGAACGGUCUUUAUGUCCGCGCGGAAACUGGUAGACAAUCUACAGGACCGAGACGUGGCCAAAUCUAGUCCAAAUGAGCUUGAAUUGGAUAAAAAGAAGGGCUUUGUUGGAUUGACACAAGAAGUUAGUCUGGAUGACUCAGGACUUGAUGAUAACAUGGUUAUUCGAUCAAGGAGAGUCCCUUCCUACAACAAUCAACCAGGCAUUGAGUCGGGUCCAGAGAUCGAGUCCGAACCAGAACUUAGGACAAUAUCCCGGCCAGAUGUUCCAGAAGCAGAAUCCGAACCGGAGCUAGAAUCUACGUCCACGCCUCAUCUUCUGACUGCUGAUUGUGCAAAUUGUCAUGAACAUUCCCAAAGUUCACAUUUACAUUAUUUUGACUUCUCUAAAGAUCAUAAGCCAAUCAGAAUUCCCACCAGACCAGUUGACGUUCAACCAGUUCGAGCUGUUCAACAUGUAAAAUCUCUGCAGAAUUUUGACGGAGAUUCCCGUAAGCAAUUCCCGUUGCAAUGUAAAACUUAUCAUUGAAAUGAUUUCUUGGCUCUUCAAAUCUCUAAUCCUUUACUCGAAAUCCCGUUUACCCACCGGAUAUGAAAAAAUGAAGGCGCAAUAAUUUCAUUUCCUCAGGCGCUAACAAAAUGUCCUAAGGCCGAGAUUAAAUUCUUGAAUCCUCCUUUUCGGCGGCUAAGAAUUCAAUUACCAAGUCUAUUUUCAGAAAAUGACCAGUCGAUGAACAUCAAUAACAACAAGGACAGGAUGUCCAAAAGCUUAAAGCUAGAGGACGUUAUCGCUUCUUCUAAUGAGGUAAAAUAUUUUUUUGCACUGUGACUUCUUUAGGAACGACCAAAGUUCAACCUAGAAUCUCUUGCCUUACCAGUUUUACUAGACUCAACAGAAGGUGAUAAGGAGACUCUCCAAGGUCUUCAAAUGACAAUUCCCUUACAAACCGAUCAGAAUCAAAAACUAUGGCAGAAGAUUAUCUAUUCCCAUCCAAUCUGGUAUCUGCAAGGUCAAUCAAGGCAUACUGUUAGCCAUCUACUUCAAAUAAUGGAACCCGGAGUAAGACAACAAUUAUAUUAUAGUAAGAGAUAACCAAACUUUUAGAACUUCAUUGUCCGAUCAUCAACUCGCGCCGAUUCCAUGGCUUUGAGUGUGAAGACUAGAGUCGACCAAGUGAGACAUUACCUAAUCGAGAAGUACAAAAGCGGAGUUCGUCUGGAGAAAUCGGUGAAAGUGUUCAAAAGUCUCCCUUUUCUAAUCCAGUACUACUGUCAGAACAGGUAAAAAACAAGCGAAAGAGCAUGCUAGCACGUAAAAAUUACUAAAAAUUUACCGAAGCAGUUCAAUUUACGAUCGAAAAAAUUUUGAGAAUCAAAAAAUUGAAGUACGUUUGAUUCCAUAAUCAAAAGCGAUUGCAUAAAAUUUGACGUUUUUCCUCUCGACACAAAAAAUCGUAAUUUUUUGUCAGUUUUACGCGUAUCGGUAAUACCGAAUUCUAGCCAAAAUUAUGUGAAAUAAAGGUUGUAAACUGGAUUUUCUGCUGUUGGAUAUCAAAAUCAAUUUGAAAGUAAGGUCUUUUACAAUGAGUUAUACAUUUUACAUAAUUAAAAGUCGGGUUUUUAAUUAAAAAACAUUGAAUAACGACAAUCCUCCUUUCAAUUCCUUUCCGGUGUUGCAACCUCACUAAAAAUUCCCAUGACUUCUUUGGUUUUGCAAAUUUUUGUUUUUCCAGCCGAUUGUCACUAAAAUAAGCGUGAAAAGGGUAGCGCCAGACAAAAUUCCGAAAUACAAAAAUCUGUCGGUGAGAUCUAACAAAGAACAAAAGUAAAAUUGAAUUUAUUUUAAUCCGUUCGGUCGAAGGGUGCUUCCCUCUUCCGACCUUACAUCCAUCACAUAUUGUGUUACCCAUUACAGUGACGGCAUUGCUAUUACCCUCAAAUUACCCGAGGAAAUCGAGAAGUGCGACUCGUUGAUGUGUCUUCAGAAGUUGGCUUUGCUUGGACCGGGUAAGUACUUUAAGUUAACAAUGAUAGAUGAAAGGAAGCAUUUGUUAGGAGGGCUCUUUGAUCUGUUCCUCAUCCUUUGAAAACACGAGGACAUGACAUGGAAAUCAUCCCUCUCUUUUUAUGACAACUUUGAAAAGGAUUCGAGGCCAUCAUGGCGGUGUGCCCUCAGUUUUUUAUUCAUUAUCUUGCACUUGCAAGAAGAUAAAGUGUUUUAAAAAGGGGCGAACUUUUAGAAUGAGACAUUACUAUACUGUCUAAGCUCUUCACUGAUCUUUUGACCCGAAUCCGUUCCAAUUGCGUCCCGCUAGCGACCCAAUUACAACCGGAUCAAGGCAUUCGGAGUUUUUGUUUUCGCUAAUCCGAUCACAAAAGCCCUGUUUUCCUAGCGUGAAAACGAUCCGAACACUAUUGUAUGGGAACAGGACAGGUCUCCCUCGGAGUUCCCACUUUCUGGGAAUCCAGAAUCCGGUCUCUCCUUGUUCAGGAUGCUCUCUUUCCUCUCUGAUGACCAUGAUCUUUUGUGUCUGGACUCUCGCUCUAUCCUUUUCUCUCUCAUUUCUGGACCCUCCUUCGUCCGAACACUCUUUGCUCGGCUCUCGUUAAGACGGAUCAGGGCGAUUUUCUCCUCCCGACCUUGAACACCGACGAUCGGUCCAAUUACCGCUUACAUUCUCGCGGUCAUCGACUUGUUUUGGUUUGGAGUUUCGGAAGUCUUUUCCUCACAACUUGAGUCUCGGUUUUACGGCCUUCAAGGCUGAUGCUUGGUGGUUUUAGUGACUUCCGGCGACACCAAUUUGAGGUCAUUGGAGGCGUUAUUGAGUUCUGACUUUAACUCGCAAUAUAUUGUCAGCAAUAUUCAUGAACAACUUGUUUUACCAUCGGUUUUUUUCUCGGCCUAUCUGAUUUCACCCCUCUGUUUGACCAAUCCCAUAAAACUCUGAAUAUUUUCGGUUUAAACCAGCUCCGCUUCUUUAUGAUCGCCGACUUUGAUAAGCGUAUCUUGCCCACCUUGGAUCCAUGAGUUCAUGAGAUGAGAUUUCGUUUGCUUUCUGGUUUCCCAAAGGGUUUAAUUAAUGUUUUUUCUUGAGUUCCGGAUGUUUUGAUUUUGAUUUGUUCACGGUCUUCUACGGGCGUUCGUAUUGAAGUAAAAGCUCUUUUUGAUGGCGGAAUUCCAAUGCUAGCGGUUCAACUUUACGAAGAAAUUUUGUAUUUUUAUCUUCUUUCGUCAAACUUUUUAUCUAAAGUUAUUUGUCGUGGACUGCGGUCGUAAAUGAUGACCUGACUUUAUGAUUAUGACUCCUUUCAUUGGCCCUCAUCUCUCCACUUUUCGUUUUUUCUUUAUUCGAAUGCGCCAAAUUUAUGCAGUCUCAUGCAAAAGUCGUAAAAUUUCGCCGCCAAUGUUUUCCUGACCUUCAUCAUGCUUCAACUUGGUUUCUUUUUCUUUUCGAGACGUCAAAAUAUCUAAACAUCUUCAUUCAGGUCAAUAUUAUUCUAGGCAGAGUGGGGGACAACAAGAAAGGUGGGGUGUUUGAUCAAUUAAGAGAUUUGAGGUGCGAGAUAGCGGUGGGAAUUAAAUAGCGGUGGAAGUAUAAUAUGCAAAAGUGUGAUUGUGGAUAUUAUGCGUUUUUUCUACAGUAAUCCAAUUGAUUUCGAGACGACUUGCGGGCAUUGCGGAGUGUAAUUUCGGUUUUGUUUAUGAGCCGAUAAUAGAUUAGGUCACUUAUCAUCAGUGACAUUCCAACAGGCGUGUCAUCUUCCCUUUCCUUUCUUCGGCCUUUUGGCUCUGACCUGGGCUCAGUUGUAAAAUGGCCGAAAGGCGGCCGAAGAGAUUGAUUUUUCCGCCCUUUUAUCCCACAGAACUUUUGUCGAUAUGUUUUGGGAAGAUGGCGGGGAUAAGCCGGAAAUUGCGUGAAUGUUUUGGGAGCGGGGGAUCGGCGGCGGUAUUGUAAUUGGGAUCAGGAUCGGUGAACGACAGUUCCUUUUUGUUGGGGAUUUGAUGACUGAUGUUUGGAAAUCUUGCUCUUGCAAAUUCUGAAAUAAGUCUUGUCGUACUCUGAGAUUAUCUGUCUGUGUUUGCUCGAUUUGAUUUGUGUUUUCCAAAUUUAUUUUCUCAACUUUAAUUUUGCAGAUUUCUGGGCCCGGCAGAUGUCCCGCCCCAAUCGCCCUCCUUCCUAUUAUGCCCCCAACAAUGCCGAUCAGUUAUCAGUCCAUUCCCUGCAAAUGUCAAAGAGUAUGUGCGGAUCUCCUCAUGGAUUCGAGCCUCGCCAAUUGGACAGUCCGCCAACAAGAAGAAGAUCAACUCUCCGAUUAGGAACGGCUACUGUUAAAGAUUAUUCUACAGAUCUGAAGCCAGAGAAGAGCCGGAUUCAGAUGGGAACAGCGUGCUCUUUAAAUGGUAGGUCAUCUAAGUAUAUUUGGAUUUUUUAUGAUUCAGGGCUCAGGAAGAGUUAUUCGGCGUUCAGUGGGAUCAGUAUGAACGACGCAUCGCCCGAGGCACAAAAGAGAUUGGCGAAGACAAAGUCGAGGAAACCCAGCAAAUUCUUCAAGAAUCUGUUUGCGUCUAACAACAACCUCAACAACAACAACACAACUUAUGAUCCGAAGGAUGUCUACUCAGUUCAGAGCGAUUAUUUUGUGCCUGGAGUCAAAAGAACGGUGUCUAGGUAAGUCAACUGAUUGUUUGUUUGAUCUGAGAAGGGCGUAAUUGUGACCCUGGGAAUCGGAUGCCCCUUUUGUUUUGAUUUCAAAGACCUACGUUUUAUUCGAAUCCAAGCCAGUUUCUGUUAGUAGGAGGUGUUAAAGUCGUAGGGAUCGGGUCGGGUUUCAAUUAAAAUUAGUUUCUUUCACCUCUAAAUGAUUUUUGCUUUUGAUUCUUAAUGUUUUUUCAUUGGAAUCGUUAAUUUGUUUGGAGAUUCUCGCUCUUCUUUUACGUUUUCGUUAUUGUGAUUAUAUAAAAUAUGUUCAAGAUGGGCUCGAAUUGCGGUUAAAUGUUGGGGAAUUCCGUGUAUUUACUCAAAAGAGGCCCGUGGAAUUACGGGAUUUUAUAUGCGAGACCAUAUAAUCAACAUACGAGGCCUGUUUGUACCGCUCGGCCCGUCCGUUCGCUCCCUCCCGUCUAAUAUUAUAUUUCCACCUUUCCAAAAUUACGCCGGAUCACCCUCUCUCGCGGUUUGUUUUGCGGCUGGUGGGUAACCCGCACUUCCCUUACUUUCUAAAAGGGUUACUGCGUAAGAGAUUGUGAUUGAAAAAGGUCAUUUUUUGGAGACUUGGUUCAAUUUAGUAGUCGGUCAUCAUUUAUUUAAUCAUGAAUUUUUCAGCUCUCAAUCAGAGGCCUCGUUGUGGUCGAGUUCUGACUGGACCCCCAACUGCGAGCAGUGUCAAAGACCUCAAGACCCACAUCCUAUCGAAAAGACCUUCCCCUCGUCCACCUCCAUCUCCUCCAUUAGUUCGUCAAGGGCUGCAUCGCUGAAGAAAGGCAUCACGAAUCGAUUGCUUUCCUUCCGAGGGCAGCCUGCGCCCAGACCCGACCAAGGCGGCGUAAUCCCGAGGAAGUCGAAGGACGACAUGUGUGAACAAAGUAAGUGUUUCAAUCUGAUUUUAUUUGCAUUUGGCCUCUCUCCUGUCGGAAAGCGCGAUUUCCUUCGAUUUGAGGGUUAGAGCCUGAGGGUAAUUUAAGGGAUUUGGGAUUUAGAGGGUGGAGUGUUUAAUCAUCAUUUUGUAAUGCUUGCCGUUUUUAGUGAAUGUAAUCCGGUCACGGAAGAUGCCGCUACGUCGAGGAAACACGGAUCUAAGUGCCCAUCGCCUGGCCGUUUAUCAACCAUCAACGCUGACGCGUGAACGACCAGCAACCUUUGUAAAUAAGGCUUCCCAACCUCCAAUGGUCCCACCUCAUGGUCGACUGAAUGCAGAUGCCAUGCAGAAAUGCAUUGAUGAACUGAGAAAGAGAAAGUCGGUUUACUUUCAUUUUGCAAUUCGAUUUUUUUCCUUUUACAGCGAUUUGUUGAGUCAUUAUUUUUUGUAGGAUCGACAAUAACAGUUCUUUCUCAUCGAGUGGUUCAUCGUCUCAUCAGCAGUCUGAUGUAUCGGCCGAUUCCAAGUCAUCGAUGAAUACCAAGAACCGCCUCUCAGUUCCGAAUUUGGCGGAGAACGAGAGUAGUAUUGACAAAGAGAGUGUAAAAGUGCCAACUGCAAAAUUAGGACGAUCUACAAAUGGCGAUUUGCAGGUAGGAUAGGAGUUUUAUUAUUUUUUUUGGAAUGGGAUCUUUUUAUGAAGCCAAAAUAAUGUCCUUUUAGACAAUAAACGAAGGUCUGAUCACCCCGGUAGUUCGCCGCAAACAACUCUCCCGUCAGUACGUCCGCAUCCCUCCCAAUAAUUCGGAGCCUUCGACCAUUCCACGGUAGGUGAAUCAGGCCCAAAUCGUCAGUCUUAUUAGGCCCCCGAAAAGGUUUGGCCAUAUGCCGGGCCAACAAAUGAAUUCAAAGGGGUUUGAAAACUUUUCAAGAACUUUUCACACGCGAACGAAACGCUCUCAAGUAUUUGGGAAGGGAUGGGGAUGGCCAAGGUGGUAAUUUGUCGGGUCCAUUACAAGUUUAUUUGUUAUUGAGGUCAAAAAAGUAUUGUUUUUACACGACUGGUAGAAUCGAACAUACGGCGAUCGUAUUUCGGCGAACAUACGGUUCUCUAGGCCAUGCGAAAGAUCAAAUUACUCAGUUAAAAGUAGGCCAACUAACAAUUAACUCUUAAAUUCGAUUACAAGUUCAUGUUUUAUGUGACCGGGGAUCAAAGUCUUCCUUGAUUAAUGCGAGGGCUCUUUUUUCAUAUGAGGAUGCGAUUCAGUGACCUGCUGAAAGCAGGAGUUAUUUAGCGAGAAUCUACGGUGACGUCAUGUUUUUUCGUCGCAUUAAUUACAUAAUUAGGCGAGAUUUUCUGGUGUUUUAUGAGUUUUUAUUACGUAAUUUAGUCGACCGACUGCUUUUGUUUGAUGGAGAAUGUUGUAUUUUAUCGAGCUUUUAUGAGUCAAUACACAAAAUUUGUAUAAAGCAGUCCCAAUUAGUUGAAUCAAAGUCUAGUUUUUUCGGAAAACGGAUGUCUUUUCCGAGUGCUCCACCGUUUUUUUCUUUUCCUGGACACCGCCGUUCCGUCGUCCUUAAUCUCCUCCGACCCGAUCGAUCCCAUCGAUCAUCGCCUCCAAGAGAUCCUCGAGUGACCAGGGAGAGCCGAGAGCCAAGUCUGCAAUCGAGUUUGGGCCUCUUUUCCGGCCCAAUUGAUUCGAUUUCCCCUCCGGUGUUUGCGUGGGAAUGGACGCGUAAAGCCGGACGCUAAACAGUUUCUGACCUUGGGCAGCUCUUCUCCACCACUUCUCACGAGGUUAAUAGUUCUAAAGCGAGGCGAAAUUCGAGCGCGACAAAAAAGUUUGGAAUUAACUGUUUCGCUUUUGUAAGGAAUCGGGUUUGAAAGUAAUGGAGAGAGGGGAAAGAGGGGACGCGGAAAACGGGGUUUGUAUACUUCUUAAAGGAGUGCUCACGAAGAGGUGUGAAUACUCAGAAGAUUCCUUCUUGCCUCAUUAGUUUGUUUUUAUUCGGAUUAAUUUUUUCCAUUUUCAGCGAUCUUCCAUCGUCAGCUUCAUCAUCCUCAACAUCAUCCUCUUUCUCCAAAGAACCUAGUCAUUAUUCUACUCGAGAGCAGAUUACCAAUUCAGGAGAUUAUUCCCGACUUCAGACAUCAUUCCAGACCCCCUCACCUCGACAUCUCAGUUCAGCUCAACGAAUUCAAAGCCAACCUCAGAGAAGUCUGAAUAAUUCUAGAACAUCUGAUACAUCCUCCACAAUCUUGGAUAUAUCACCGCGAUCCGAAACAUCCACCAAAUCAGCCGGCAGUCAAACACAGGAAGAUCGAUUCAGCCAGUGGAGAAGAAGCCACGAAGACGCGGCUAGCCAGACAGUCCCAUCUAGUUUACCCAUCUCAAGCAAGUGGUCAGCAGUCAACGAAGAACUCAAGAACAGACAGAACGUAGCUAAAGUAAGUAAAGGAAUUGGGGAAUCUGAUUGGAAACUGGGAUUGGGGCUAAUUCCAGCGGAAUUGGGCUUUCAGCCUCAUCACAGAGGAAAUUCUGAAAGGAAAUGGGCAUGGAUAAUGUAAUUUGGAGAGGGGAUCCACUGUAUUCCUCUAUUUUCUUUUUGGUAAAUUCAAGACUCAUGUAUUCACAUUGUCGAGGUCAUUUUUAAAGUUUUUCGUUUUUAUUUUUUUGAUUGGAUAGUCCAAUUUUGUGAAUAAUCUCAAAGCGAUAUGGAUACAUAACAGGGGAGCCCGACCUCCCGACCUUCGCUCCCAGAAACCCGCUUUCCGUCAAGUGCAGAACAAAUACGCAGCGAAAUAAUCGGAAAGAAACGGUUUUCCGGAUAUCUUCCCCAUCCCCUAUGUUAUCCUAUCCCCGUUUUUUAUUGCGCAAAUGAUCAAUUAUGCUUGAUUAGGCCCGCUUUUGUUAUGGCUGAUCUAGCACCAGCCGUUUUCAUGUUUUUUGGGCUGUCAAUAAUCCUAAAAUUAUUUUGGAUGCAUGAUUUCGUUGUUUUUUAGGUUAAACCGCAACCUAUUCAACGAAAUCUCCGUCCAAAACAUAUGGAUUCAGAAUCGCGGCCUUCUGAAUACGCUCAGAUUAGCGAAAAUUUUGAUGUGAAAAAGGAUCUGGAAGAAGAUGAUUGUGUGAGUGUAGCUGGGACAGUGUUCAAUGAGCCAUGGGACUCAAAUGCCUGGGAGAAUCUUCUCGAUAUUGUCCAUUUCUAUGACGAAAAACCAACCAAAGCCAAGACGAAAGCGGUUUAUAUGGGUAAGAUAACAUUUCGUUUGAUUUUCUCUGCUUGUUUACUUGUCUACUUUAUUAUUCACGGCAGUGUUUUUUUAGAAUGUUGUGCAAAUGAGACGAUAGCUGAAGAAGACGACAACGCCUCAUGUUCAGCAGGUUCUGCUGCUUCUACUUGUUCGAAGACCUCAUUCCCUAAUCAAACCCUCCAAUCCAACUCUGAUGUGGAAGUUCAAGAAGUCCCUCUGAGUGUGGAUGAGGGCCCAGAUCUCUCGGACGAUCAUUUCGAACAGUUUGACAACUUUAGAGCUGAGCCUUUGACCAUAAAUGAUAAUAGGAAUUGGAGUGAAGUCUCGAAAAGGAUUCCUUCAGAGCCCGGAACUUUUGAUUCUCGGCGGGGAAAGAGCAGUUCGUUGAUGAAUGUAAAUGAAGAUCAUAGAUUUAUGAGUCCUUUGCUGGACACACGGAGCAUGAAACACAGAGCAAUGACCCCUGGAAUGUACGGACAGGUAAUGAAAAUAAUAAUUGGUUAUUAUGUUCUUUUGUGUAAUAUAAAGUUUUAGGUAUCUAUUUUUAAGUUUUGUUUUCAGUCGCACAUUUGUGAUUCUAUGGAUGAAUUGUCGAUGACCUUACCCUCCGUCCUCCCUGCCAUUAGCCCUGCUCGUCUCCGUUCGACAGAUCGUAUGCCUGAUCCUGGAUUUAGAAUCCAAAGAUACGUGGAGCAACUGGCUACCGAUUCGUCCACAACUUUCGGCGCAACCCUUCAGCAAUUCAUUGAGUGCACUAUAGAUGCCGGGGAAAGUGAUCCUCACAUCGUUAUCAGGAAUGUUCGUCAAUUUCUGAAUGGAAUCAAGAAUUAUUUGGUGAAGAAUGGAGAAGCCGAUCUACUGCAGGUUAUUGAAGAAGAAAGUGCCAAGCUUAAUCCCAAUGAAUUCCUCAACAUUGACGCCAUCUUGGAAGCUGUUUUGCAUAAGAUUUUGUUAGGUAUGUUAAUCUUUUGACUGAAUUAAUCCUUGUUUUAGUUCCUAUAAAGCCCCACUUGUAUCAUUUGAUGUGCCGAGAGAACAUUCGAAAUGGGUCUUUUGAGACGUUGACUGCCAACCUUUCUAAAGUCCGCACCAUGAGACCAGAACAACUUGGAUUUCCUAAGGGCACGAUUGCACCUGACUCCAAGAAAAUGGAGCAAGUCCGAGGAUAUCUUAGGAAGAUGCAGAGUCAUUACUCCCCCUUGAAGAAGCUGGAGAAUCUUCUGAAGGCCCUGAAUGUUGUUGUCGUUCCUUCAAGGCCAUUUGCGAGGUCAAGUAAGAAGUUGCCUCCGGCUGACGGUGAGUUACGACGCUUUUUAUACUUGUAGUAAUAGUUUUACGUAAUAUUGUUGUAAUGAAAGUAUCUUUUAGAACUGAUCCGUUGGUUAGUAUUCCUGCUGGCGCGGACAUCCUCGGUGUCGUGUGAAGUGGAAGCUUGGUAUAUGUGGGAGCUCCUUCCGCAGCAGCUUCUGACCACUGGAGAUGCCGCCUAUUACUUGUCGACUCUUCUCUCGGCUGUUCAUGUUCUCAAAAACCUUGACAGCAUUCAGCGACUCAGGUUCAUGAGCAAUGAACCAAACUUUAGCACUCCGCAGUCGGUAGGUCCUCUUUUAGAAACUAGUCAUUCAUUUUUGAGGGUAUGAAGUUUCAGUUUUAUAUAAUCUUCUUCAGAGUCUACGAUGUUGUAUCGAAGAAGCGUCGGAUGCCUAUAUUCGAAUAGCCAUUCCAGAUGAGCAAAAAGGUUCCAUUGAAUAUCAUACAUUCCCGGCGGUGGCCCAAAUGAAUGUGGCCAGAUUGUGCAGAGUCAUCGCCCAUCAACUUGCCAUCACUAAUCCCGAGGAUUAUGGAUUGUAUGCGUUAUUUUUAUGCUGUAUAAUUUAGUUUAUUAUUACAUCCACGGUAUAAUAAUUUUGCUUAUUUAAGAUGUGUGCUCUAUGAUGGAUAUGAGACUUGUCUCAACUUGAACGAGGUCCCGGAUGCCAUCCGACAACAACUCAACGACACCGGCAAGCCUCAUCUGUUCGCCUACAAGCGCCAUGACGCUAAGAUUGCUUGGCCCGCGAGUGCAGUCCAACUGACCAGCACCUGUGUCAAGUCUCCCUCUCACCAAUCCCAUCUGAUCUAG